UGUCUUCGAUGCAUUGCUGAUUUACGACAUCAACAUCUUGGUUUUCGCUCCACCAUUCAAUCUCAUUACGCAUUAUGAUUCAGCCAUACGUGGCCAUGCCCCCUUGACGAUGCAUAAAACAACUCUUGGCGUUCAAAGGAUCCUCUUAAUGCCCGGCUGUUCAGCCCCUCGGAAUUCAUCCCUGUGCUGAUGACGCCUCAGUGCCCAACGACAUGCAGCCUCAACUUUGCUGCACAUGAAGAUUAAUUGCUUCUGCAUGCAAGGAAUCGUGGACGCGAUUCUGAGUGUCUUUUAAUAAUACAGCCGGCAUGUGUAAUUUGAUGGAUUCGCAAUCCUGAGGAGGCCCGGAUGCGCACAAAUCACUUUACAUUGCCAACAAUCCUUCCCAACGGAAGCACCACGCCAACGCUGGCCGCGAUGUAUAUCACACCAGCGGGUAUAUCCGUCACCGAAGCUAUAUUCCCAUGGCUACCUAAAAUAGUAUACGCCUAUUCAUGCACCUUUGCUUUUGGACAUUUUGUCACCAACGCACACUUGAAUGCAGCCGUAGUACCCAGCAUGGAAAAUUUCGUUGCCAAGUGGCAGGCCACGGCGAAAGCCUUUUUCUCACGAGCAUCCCGACAAUGGAGUGCUGCCACUCUCCUCCACUCGCCUCAUAUCGAUGCUUAAGAAUCGUACUCCGUACACACGAAAUUUUUAAAGGACGUACAUAUACGGAGUACAUGGAGACCCAUCCACAAAGUGUCAACCCAGCUGAAGAAUGCAGGAGUGGGGUACUCACUUCACUGUCCAUCUUUUCCCCCUCCUUCAACGGCUCGUAUGUUUGCUUGUGACACCUCGUUCGACGCUGCGUCCUUGGAAGAAGCGUGAAAUGGUUUCUAGAAUGCUACGUCGCUUAGCCGGAGUUGGACAGAGAAGCCUUCGUGCAAAUGAAAGACAGA